AUGGAGUUGUUUGUGGAUGGAUCUGCCUUUGUCCGAGAGGGAAUCAGACACGCAGUUACCGAUAGCAAGACUGUAUUAAUAGGGAAAGCUCUUUCUCCCGGGGUGAGUGCCCAAGCCGCGGAGUUAAAAGCCCUAACCGCAGCCUGCCUUCAUGCUAAAGGAAAGAGGGUUAAUAUUUAUACGGACUCAAAAUAUGCUUUUGGGGUGUGUCAUGCCACGGAUGCAAUUUGGAAGGAACAAGGUUUCAUUACCUCGUCUGGAGCUCAGAGUGCCCAUGGAAAAGAAAUUGCUGAACUGCUUCAAGCCAUUCAGGCUCCUAGGGAGACUGCGGUGAUACACUGCAAAGCUCAUACCAGGCAGACUGAUCCAGUCGCAAUGGGAAAUCGCUUGGCAGACAGGGCGGCCAAGGCAGCAGCCCUACAAGGGGCCCAAUUGGACCUGAUCUCUCCCUUAGCUCAAUGGCACUUACAAGCUUCAGAUACUGAAAAGGCAACAUGGGAAAAGUGGGGUUCACAACUUAAUUCAGUGGGAAUUUGGCAAUGUGAUGGUCGUCCUAUCCUACCCAGAAGCUAUCAGCGUAAGCUGCUGGAGCUGGAGAAGGAAUUCCACUGCAAGAAGUACCUGAACCUGACGGAGCGCUCGCAGAUCGCUCACGCCCUCAAGCUCAGCGAGGUACAGGUCAAGAUCUGGUUCCAGAACCGCCGCGCCAAGUGGGAACGCAUCAAAGCUGGGAGCCGCAGGGAAUCCGAACGAGCGGCUGGGAAGCUGCGGGACGUUCGAAUCAGGGAGACGUACCUGACAAAUGGCUGGGAGCCGCAGGGUGUCCGAGUGAGCGGCUGGGAAGCUGCAGGGCGUCCGAUAUGGCUCACCGCGCAGAGACAAUUGGAGGAGUUUGAGGAUGAGAGAAGACAACUGCAGAAAAUGGCUGAUUUUGCAGUAACACUGGAGCGAGAACUGGAACAGGUUAAAUUGAUUCUGCAUCAGCGAGAUCUACAGUUUGAAUCUUUACAGCAAGAGCAUCUAGUGCUCAUGAAGCAGCUCACCUUAACCCAAGAAUCAUUGCACACCAAAGAGCAGUCCCUAAAUGACCUACAGACUCAAUAUGAUGAGCUGGUGGCCAGGUUAGAGGAAUUCCAGGGUGAUGUUAUUUCUAAGGAUGACACGAUCCAAUAUUUGCAGAAUGAGAAGAUUGUCCUAGAGGUAGCUCUGCAGGCAGCAAAAGCAAGCAAAGAAGAACUUGAUGAAGGAGCAAACUUCUUAGGUGAAAGUACUGAGGCAGUAUCAGAAAUCUUGGCACAAUUGAGCCAGGUGGAAAAUCUGCAACAGGAAAGUGCCAGCCUGAAGAAACAGACCCAAAUAAAGGAGCAGUUCUUACAGCAAAAGGUAAUGGUGGAAGCUUAUCAAAGAGAUGCAAGUUCACAGGACCAGCUGAUUAGUGCAUUAAAAUCUAUAAAGAAGCGGCUGGAUUUGGAAGUGAAAGAAUUAAAACGGGAGUUACUGAAACUUCGAAGUGAAAAGCAGUCCAUUGAUGUUGAAUGCUCAAGACUUCAGAAGGAAGUAUCCCAGGUUCACCAGCAGAUAGUGGAGUUAGAAAGCCACCUCCAGUCAGUGCAAAAAGAACGGGAUGCACAAAUCGCUGAUGGAGGAAAUAACCAAGCUUCCCAUGAACGGAUUCAAGCUUUGGAGAUAGGGCUGCAGGCUGUUAGCCACAGUAAGAUGAUGUCGGAGAAAGAGCUGCAAGAAGUAAUUUCACUCACCAGCCAGGAGCUUCAAGAAUCUAGAGGUUUCAGGAGAAAGAUAAAACGUUUGGAAGAAAUAAACAAGAAGUUGGCCCUCGAACUGGAACAUGAACGGGGGAAGCUCACUGGUCUUGGUCAGUCAAACAUUGCUUUGCGAGAGCACAGCAACAUCCCCGAAACAGUACUAGCAGAGAGAGAGGCAGACCUGGUGCAGCUGAAUCUCCGGGUUCAAGCAGUCCUAAAUAUUCAAGCUUUACAGACUGCCUUAGAAAGAGAAAAGUCAAAAGUUAAUAACCUUAAAAAGCAGGUUGCGGCAGCCAAAGUAGAUGCAGCACAUAACCAUCGUCAUUAUAGAGCUGCUGUUCUUGAGCUGAGUGAAAUUAAGAAGGAGCUACAAGCCAAAGAACUGCUUGUCCAAACCCUUCAGGCUGAAGCAGACAAACUACAAGCUAUUAUUGAACGUGCUCAUGCCUCUUUUAAGGCGCUCCUUUUAAGACAAAAAGGGGGGAUUUGCAGUGAGCGGGCAGACGCCUUGGAUAAGACGCCUGCCGCUCGGUUGCUGAAAGCUCUUUACGUGCUUAAUUGGUUACAUCUUGGUAAAAACAGCCAGGUGCCCCCCGCGAUUAAACAUGUCAGCGGGAUGACUGGGGAAGAGCAGGGUGCGGCCCCCCGACCCUCGGUCAAAUGGUUUGAUUAUCAGCAGCAAAUAUGGAAAGGACCAGUUGACUUGCUAACGUGGGGCAGGGGUUAUGUGUGUGUUGCCACUGAUGCGGGUCCCAGGUGGAUGCCAGCGAGGUGGGUCCGGCCUUGGUUGCGUCCUCCGGAGUGACGGCAGGCAGAUGCGGAGGAGCUUCACGAGACGCACUCAGAUGUCGCGGAACCAGAGCCCCCGGAGGAGAGCUGUUUGUUAGCUCUGCCAGGACUUUUUCUGUCUGAUCCUCCGUGAAUGAAUUACUCACUUGAGAUGAUUUUUUGUGUUUGAAAGAAAAUCUGUGUGGUACCAUGCAAUUAUUAUUUAGAAUUAAGAUUUAUGUUUUAUGUU